AUGGAUCUGUCGCACAAAAGCCGUCGCCGUAUCGCGGCCAAGCCAGCUGUCGGCUUCUCUCGAGAUCGUGUUCCUCAAGGAGACCUUCGUUCAGCGACCAGUCGGUUGGCGAAAGACGCCGCUUCCUGGCGCGUGAACCAGGGGUACACUGAGGAUGACUUCCUGGGCUGGACGCCUUUCGUUGCUGGUCGGUCUGCGUCCCCUACGACGGGCGACGUAAACUCCUUGAAGAGUAGAAACACAGGGCCACCACCUUACGGCUACGUGGAUUCCCCCGCCAAGAACUCUGCAGAGUGUUCACCCAAGUCAUCGUCUUCCACUUCAUCGUGCUCCACGUCAACGUAUUCGACUCUGACGAUCUUUUCGAGUGCUGACGAUUCGGAUCCUUUCGACGCGCAGGGUGAAUCCGAAAGACUCAUCAAGAUCCACGACCUAGCCGAGGAAAUCGUCGCCCGAGAAGCUGCUGUGCGGGAGUGCCAACAAGAUGCAGAGUUGGCGAGGAACUCGGAGGCACCAUCAGGUAUGGUGCGGACAAGUAAGACGUCGGCCGAAAUUCUGACAUCGCUGGCGACGUCCUCGUUGAUGCCCCUAGCUAUGGCAGCUGGUACGUCUGCGCGAGCGUCCCUCAUAGCUCAGCCAUCGGGCAUCCAGGUCGAAAAGUCCCCGAGUUCGUGUCAGGUUCCAGCCAAGACGUCAACAUCCCGGUUGGCCUCUUGUAGCACAUCGACGGAAACCGUGGCGGAUCAGAAGACAGCGACGUCAACGGCUACCAUUUCAUCACCGGCGGCGUCAUCACAGUCUGGUACGAGUAGGAGAAAGAGGAUGCAGGGUGUUCCGGUGAAGAGCCCCCAGGCGGACGAUCCCAACUUUAGAGGAGCUGUGGUCCGGAUGCAGCUGAAGAUGGUCGCGGGGAAGCCUCAGCUCCAGAUGGAACAUUAUUUCAACAACAUUCGCCGACGCCGAACGCAGUUGCACGACUACGCCGAGUCGAGCGAUUUGGACGACGACGAUGUCGUCGUCAAGAAAGAAGACUCGGAGAUCCAGGGAAAGCAGUGUGCUUCGUGCUCUACUCGGCUAACACCAUUGUGGAGGGAUGCAGAGGAUGGCACGCCAUUGUGCAAUGCCUGCGGAAUCAGAUACAAGAAGUACAAGGUGCGUUGCAGCCGGUGCUGGCACAUUCCAAGGAAGAACGAGAACACGAGGCAGCGCUGCAACGAGUGCGGAGAAGCGCUGCGCUUCGUGUUGAGAAAGUCUUCCAUGCCAUGA